CACAUGGCCGGCCCGGGGUGUUUACAUAUGACGUCAUGGUCCGAGUUGUGUAACAGAAAGGCCGGUUACAUAACACUGACCGGAAGUGAAGCGAGCUGAGGUGGGCCAGGAUAUCAUGUGGACAUGACCAGCGUCAGUAGAAGCCAGGAGUUAGACUAGACCGAGAGGAAAGCUGAGGAAACCGUCCUGACUCCCCGAACUACAGCUCUGCACCCGCCCCAGUCUACUGUAACGUUACUAGCUCCCCAACCAUGUCUCUAUGGAGGAACGCAGUCUGGUUCAUCAAGGGCAUGCGAGAAUACACCAACUCAGGAUAUGCAGCUGCAGCCAAGACCUUUGACCCCUGUGACCUGCAGGUCGAUGUGACAGGUCGCACCUUCCUCAUCACCGGGGCCAACAGCGGCAUCGGCAAGGCAACCGCAGAGGAGGUCGCCAAGAGAGGUGGUACAGUCCAUCUGGUGUGCAGGAACCCGACCAGAGGUGAGGAGGCGCUGAAGGACAUCAUGGAGAAAACUGGCAGCCAGCUUGUUCACCUGCACAUUCUGGACAUGGCCCAGCCACGGCAGGUCGCAGACUUCGCAGGAAAGUUCUGUCAGGAACACGACCGGCUACAUGUGCUGGUAAACAACGCAGGCUGCAUGAUCAACACACGGGAGGUGUCAGCAGACGGACUGGAGGGCAACUUUGCAACCAACACACUGGGUACGUACAUCCUAACGACCGGCCUCCUGCCCCUGCUGUCCCAGAGUGAGCAGCCCCGAGUGAUCACGGUGUCGUCAGGAGGAAUGCUGCCCUCCAAGUUAAACAUUAAAGACCUGCAGUUUGAGCAGAUGAGGCCGUUUGAUGGGACCAUGGCCUACUCACAGAACAAGAGGCAGCAGGUCGUCAUGACGGAGCAGUGGGCCCAGCAGUAUCCCACAAUCCACUUCUCCUCCUGCCACCCCGGAUGGGCCGAUACACCAGCGGUGCGGACGUCGAUGCCAGAUUUCCACCAGAAGAUGAAAAGCCGUCUGCGGUCCGUGGAGCAGGGAGCCGACACCCUGGUCUGGCUCAGUGUGGCAGAGGCAGUUGCUAAGCAACCAGGCGGACUCUUCUUCCAAGACCGUGCACCCGUCUCCAAACACCUGCCGCUGGCCUGGACCAAGUCCACAAAACAGGAGGAAGCGGGUCUCAUGCAGCAGUUGGAGGAGAUCGCUGGAAGGUUUAAGUCAUAGGGGUCUCACACAGGAGUUUAGCAGUCUGUCAUGGAGGUUUCUGCAUCAGUUGCAGAUCAGAUGGAACUCAAACCAAUUUUUUACCUCAGUCGGUUCAACAUCAAUAAUGUCAGUAAUGUAUGUACAUUGUACAAUGUAUAGCGCAAUAUAUUUCAAAAAGUACUGAGUAUUUUGUAACAUAGGAAAGCAGCUCAAAAAUGGUGAAUGUUUUUUUUUUUUCUUCCUUACUUUUGACUCCCUUGAUC